GCAUUUUUUAACUCAUAAAUAAAAUUUAAAAUAAAUAAUUCAAACUGCAUUUUCAUUUUCUUCACCAAGACUGCUCAAUUUGUGGAAUAAUUCAAUUGAUAAAUAAAAUAACAUUUAACAUUUCAUUUUCAAAAGAUGUCUCAGCAAAAAAUGACCAAAAUUCAUUUUGAAAUGUCACAUUUGAAAAUUAAAAUGUAUUAAGUCAUAGCUGCAUUUUUUGACUCAUAAAUGAGAUUGCUAAUAGAUAAUCCAAAAUGCGUUUUCCUUUUCUUCUUCAAGAUUUCUCAAUGUGUGACGCAAUUAAAGAGGAAGAUCCUUUUUCGUUUUCAUGCCCGCGCCGCAAAGUGUUAAAAUCAUAGCCCAUUGGGCUAUGUGCACGUAGGAACGUGACGUAAUUUCCGCUAAAAAACCAGGAUGGUUGUUAACAUCCGGUAGUCGCUGAAAGCGCCCGCUGUGCUAGCUAGUCACCUCACUGCUCUUGUAAAUCUUUUUAUUAUUUAUAUGUGAGUCUCUUCUACUCAUCACCUGUCCAUUUACAUAUCCUAAACAUGACAUGCAAACGGGCGAAAUUGUCGUUUCAACAACGUACGGACAGCAGGUCCAACCACCACUGCUGUGUGCCAUUCUGCACUGCAUCAACGAAGACCAAUUCUUACCUGAGCUUCCACACCUUUCCAAAGGACUCCGUAUUGCAGAAGCAAUGGGCUGUUAAGAUCAGGAGAGAUCAUUUUAUCGUCACCAAUACUUCCCGAGUGUGCUCACGACAUUUUGUUACUGGUGAUCUGAUCGAGCCUCUCACUCCUGCUGGACAUCGACGACUGCAACCUGGAGCUGUUCCUGUGCUUUUUCAUUGGAAUAACUAUAAUAUUCCAACACCACGACUUGGAUUAUGGGAAAGAACAGAGCGUCCACCGAACACCGAUCUAACAGUGAUGCAGACUGACCCUGAUGAAGAUGACCCCGGGUCCUGUCAUGAACAUGUCUACUGCACCAGUACUGAGCCUGCUGCCCUUCAUCUCUCCCUCAACGAAAACGAAGAGCUACGGGAGGAGAUCUCAAAGCUCCGACAACAGAUAGAGGACUUGACCGUCAGCAGCAAGUUCUGUUUGGAGAGGUUUUCUGCGUCUGAUGAGGACAUACGAUUCUUUACCAGAUUUGCAAGUCAUGCCCACCUGAUGGGUUUUUGGAAGCAAAUAGAGCCAGCCACCAUCAACAUUAUACGGGUUACAAGGGCACAGAGCUUCACAAAGACUGAUCAAGUCCCUCACUCUGCCAGUGCAACGGUUCUUCAACCAAUUGAUGAGUUCUUCCUGUUCAUGAACUACCUGUCAUUGGGACUGAUGCAAAAGGAUUUGGCCCACAGAUUUAGAAUACAUCGGUCAACUGUGAGUCACAUUGUUAACACCUGGGCCAACUUCCUUUAUACUGUAUUGGGAGCUGUGAAUAUUUGGCUCGAUGAAGACACUGUGAAAGCUCACCUCCCAGAAGUGUUUCAGGACUACGCUGACACUCAAGUCAUUUUAGCUUGCACAGAACUGCGAUGUCAAACCCCAAACUCCCUUCACCUCCAGAGCGAGGUGUUUUCCACUUAUAAAUCACACUGCACAUUCAAAGGGUUGAUUGGGAUAGCCCCUCAUGGUGCAGUGACCUUUGUGUCUUCUCUUUAUCAAGGUGCCACCAGUGAUAAAGAAAUCUUAAAGCAGUCUGGCAUUGUGGCCCUCCUUAAACCAUCUAUGGCCAUCAUGGUGGACAAGGGUUUCCUUGUGGAAGACGGUGUACCAGGCAAAGUCCAUAUACCCACGUUUCUGUCGAAGAGAACUCAACUGUCUAAGUCAGAGAUCAAAAAGACACAGUCUAUUGCAAGACUGAGAGUCCAUGUAGAGUGUGUGAUUCACAGAGUCAAAGAACAUAAAAUAUUCAGCACAGUGAUUCCUCUUUCAAUCACAGGCAGCAUAAAUCAACUUUUUGCUGUUGCCUGUCUUUUGGUGAAUUAUCAAAAUGGUCCCUUGGUGAAAGCCUGGGCAAGCGAUUGCUAAACUCAAUCCAGGAUUAGACAGAUGAUAAAAUAAUGUGUAUAGUUCUUAUCUGUGUAGAGACUUGCAUCUCUAACAUCAAAAAGAUCCCUUUAGGUCAUGCAUUGCACUGUAAAUAUAGUUUGUGUUAAGAUACAGUGGCAUUUCAUAACUUGUAUGAAAUGCUUUUACUUUAAUGUUAAAAUUGACAUUACAUAGUACAACACUAUGUAUCUUUUGUAUUUUUACUGAAUAUGUAAAAAUGAAAUGAAUACAGUAGUAAUAUUAUUGUCAGAA